AUGAGACGAGACCAGAGGUGAAUGUGCAGGUCAGAGUGGUGGUUGUCGUUGCAGUGGCCGGAACCACUGCUGAGUUGGAAUGUUAUGUGGAUGGAGUACAGGCACAGCUGGUGUGGUCCCGACAAGGUGGCCUCCCCCCGGGCUCCACCCAGAGAGGCGGAACCCUCAUCAUCCCCAACAUCCAGCAGUCAGGGGCCGGACCGUAUCUCUGUACCGCCAUCACACCCGCUGGGGAUAGAGGCACUGUCACUGCAUCCAUCACAGUCAGGGACGAAAAUUUACCUGUGAGGCCAACAGCAGAAGUAAAUAUACCAGAAAAUAGGCUGACUGUAGACCAGGGGAGCACGGCAACCAUCAGGUGUGAGGUCACUGGGACACCACAACCUACAAUCACGUGGAGCAAGAGUCGGGAGGAACUGACCAGCAGACACAGGGUAUCUGGAGGAACCCUAAGGAUUGUGGGAGCCCAGGUGGAGGAUCGCGGAGUUUACCUCUGUGUGGCCGAGAACACAGCUGGGUCAGACCAAGCCUGGGUCAUCGUAGAAGUCAUGCCCCGAGCCAAACCAUCAAUAACACUGUAUCCACAGAAUACGUCCACCAUUACUAUAGGAGGGAGUGCCAUGUUUGUGUGUCGAGCCUCGGGAGAACCUACACCAACAGUCACAUGGACAAGGGCUGGUGGGGAAGCCUUUGAGAGUAGAACAACAGAACUCAAACAGGAGGGCACAUUGCUGAUGUUCUCCAGGGUGACUGGGAGGGAACAGGGCAGUUAUAUCUGUACAGCCACCAACUCUAUGGGAUCAGUUAGUGCUUCUGCAACCCUUCUCAUUGCAG